AUGCUCCCGGGUCUGCCGCUCGAUUGCGUUCGAGUCAGGCACCUGAAAAGCACGCCGGACUACUGGGAUAACGAGAAAAUCAGGGCCAUGAUUGAAGAGAGCAUAGAGCGCCCACCGCGAGAUGCAGAUUGCAUUCCCCAAGCCGAGGCCACAACUAAGAUCUGGACAGCCAUUCUCCUCGACGCUCUCAACGUUCCGCCCUCAGUCAAGAACCCGAAACCUGACCAGGACCCCCAGCGCCUCGACGUCGACAUCUGCCAAGUUCGCAGUACCUACUGGGAGUCGCUGAACGAGGGCCCGCUGGCCGUCACCCUCACACGCGCCAGACCGAAGGACGCGCUCGACCGCAACACACCGGCGGUGCCCUUUCUCCAAGUCUUCUGCAUGGGCGGGACGGAGCCGCCCACGCUGAACGAGGCGCGCGCCCUAGCGGACCGUUGGGUGCCGCGCCAGAAUCGGUGGGAGAUCCGGGAGGCGGGCGGCGCGUUUAUCCUGGCCAAGGGCCACCGGAUGUCGAUCUUCCAGUGGAGACCGGAGUGUUCCGACUGCGACCCGGACGAGUUGACCCUGUUUCCCUGGUACGGCGGGGACACAGACCAUGGGUACCGCUGCCUCUGGCAUGACCACGAGGAGGUCGAGCAGCUCCUGAAGACCCUGCGUCGCCGGAUCCAGGAUUGCCCCAUCGCCUCUCACUCGUCCCCCUCGCUCACUCUCCUGGUGUCUGAGGAGCUUCGGGAUUGGCCCGAACUCUGCAAAUUCCUUAUUUUCUUACUCAAACACCCAAUCCGCGAAUUCAAUCUCCUCUUUAAUAACUUCUACACCGAAGAAAUCAAGAUGCCUCAGUACAGCAACGGCCAGGCUAUCCGCUACAAGCCCGUCGGCGGCCCGAACUCCAACACUUCGGAGAGCGUCGGUACGAUCAAGUCCGUCUUGACCGAGCCCGGCGUGCAGGCAGACCGCAACGUCGAUGCCAGCGAGGAGAACCCCCGCUAUGAAGUCGAGAACCAGAACACGGGCAAGCUGACUAGCAUCUACGAGAAGAACAUCUUGGGCAGUGCGUGAGAUGAUGAUGUAUCAUGUGGGAUAUGAUGCUUUAUGUCAAUGAUGUGAUGUUACGAUACGAUAGGAUAAUGGAGAGUAAAAAUAGUCUGGUAUCAUCUUUUUAUUGCGCUGUUUAGUGAAAUUAACUGGUCAGCCGGCCAAUCUUCUGUGA